GUAAUAGCUCAAACCAUCUUCUUACACAAAUCAAGUUAAAUCAACUCCUGUGAAAAGCGAUCAGAAUGGCUGGAAUCAUGGGCAAGAUCGGAGACGCACUCCACAUCGGAGGCGAUAAGAAGGACGAGAACAAGAAGCACGAGGGUGAAUAUUCGUCUGACCACAAGAAGCAGGAAGGCGACUAUAAGUCUGACCACAAGCCGGAGAAAAAGGAAGGGAUCGUUGAUAAGAUCAAGGACAAGAUCACCGGAGAUGGCGGAAGCAAGGUAGACAGCGGCGAAGGUCAUGAGAAGAAGAAGAAGAAGGACAAGAAGAAGAAGAAGGAAGGCGACCACCACGACGGUGGCAGCAGCAGCAGCAGCGACAGCGAUUAGAUCACUAUGAUCGCUCAUCCUCUUCGAUCUCGAAUCGAGGAGGAUGGAGUCAUGUAGAAAGUGCUUUUUCUAGUGUGCUUUUUCGUUGUUGAAAUAAAAUGUAAUAAAAAUACUAGAAUUAGGAAAAAAAAAAAAAUUCAGUCCUUGGAUUGUUGCUUGGUCUAUGAUCUAUGGGUGUAAUUGCUACUAAAAGAUGGAAUGAAGUUUUAACAGUUUGCGUUUA